GGAAGCACUGCUUGUCCCAGGCUCUGCGCCUGCUAUGUCCCCACCGAGGUGCACUGCACGUUCCGGUACUUCACCGCUGUCCCACCGCACAUCCCUCCAAAUGUGGAGCGCAUCAAUCUGGGAUACAACAGCUUGCUCAGACUGACAGAAACAGAUUUUUCUGGCCUGGAGAAACUGGAGUUACUGAUGUUGCACAGCAACGAGAUAAAUACAAUCCCUGAUAAGGUGUUCAAUGAUUUAUAUUCAUUACAGGUCUUAAAAAUGAGUUAUAACAAGGUCAGAGUUCUUCAGCAGAAAAAAAAUUUUUAUGGCCUAAAGAGCUUGGUACGGUUGCAUAUGGACCACAAUAAAAUUGAGUUUGUAAAUCCCAAUGUUUUCAACGGACUCACAUCACUGAGGUUGGUCCAUUUGGAAGGAAAUCUACUUAAGCAGCUUCAUCCACAUACUUUUGUAACCUUGCACUAUAGCCAAAUAUUCAAAAUAUCCUUCAUGAAGCACAUAUAUUUGUCUGACAACUUGUUGACUUCACUGCCACAAGAAAUGUUUUCCUACAUGUCCGAGCUAGAGAGCAUUUACCUCCAUGGAAACCCAUGGUCCUGUGAUUGCAAACUCCAGUGGUUUGCAAAAUGGGAAAAAGCAAGAUCAGAUGUUGUAAAGUGCAAAAAAGACAGACGUUCUGGUGUUCAGCAAUGCCCAGUUUGUGCUAAUCCCAAAAAUCAUGAAGGGAAAAGCUUAGUGGAUAUUCCUUCUGCAUCUUUAACCUGCACUAAGCCAGCCAUACAUGACUCCCUGAAAUUUAAAAACCUCACAGUACCAGAUGAUGGGGAUUUCAAUUCCGUACCUCCCAAGGACUUCAUAGCUCCUAUAGGAUCCAUGGUUUUGAACAUGACUGACCAAGCAGGAAGCCGAGGUAACUUGGUUUGCAACAUCCAAAAACCUAAAGAAAUGUCUCCCAUCUCAUUUGACAAAAAUGGCAACAGUACAGUGCUCAAAACAGCAUUCUCAGCAUUUCUGGUAUGUGGCAUUGAUUAUGAGCAUAUUCAGCAGCUGUGGAGCAUACUGGCACUGUAUAGUAAUUCUCCCUUAAAACUGGAAAGGAGUGCCCUAGCAACUAAUAUGCCUUUUAUUAGCUACAAAUAUAAACAAAUCUACUCUGAAAAAGAUGAACUUUUUACCAAUAUAGAGACUGAACUGAGAGCUGAACCACCUUGGUUAAUGCAAAGCAAAGUGGCAUUACAGCUAGACAGGACAGCAACCACACUUAACACCUUGCACAUCCAGUACUUUACGGACGCUCAGAUUAUUUUGCCCAGUGCUGGCAAAAGGGGAGUAAGAAAUAACUGGGCCAUCAUCUCCAGGGACAACAGAACACAAACAGAGCACACUGUUUUAGUCGGGGGGACCGUAGAACUAGAGUGCCAAGCAAUCGGAGAACCAGCUCCUGCAGUAGAGUGGAUAUUGGCUGAUGGGAGCAAAGUUAGAGCUCCUUAUAUCAGUGAGGAUGGGAGAAUCAUAGUAGUUAAAACUGGAACAUUCACAUUACAGACAGCUGAUACUUUUGACACUGGGCUUUAUCACUGCAUAGGCACAAAUUACAAUGAUGCAGAUACUCUCACAUUUAGAAUUACUGUGGUCGAUCCUUACAUGGAACACAGCAAUGUAAAUGGAGCCCAACUUUCUACAUUUGUUGGGAGCACACUCUACCUUCCCUGUACGUCCACUGCUGUUCCAGAUGCUUCCAUUAGUUGGGUGUUACCUGAGCAUGCGAUUCUUCAUCAUUCUGUAAGAAACAAACAUAUUUUUGACAAUGGUACCUUAAGAAUACAAGGGGUAACAGAGCAAGACAGUGGGUACUUUCGAUGUGUUGCAGCCAACCAGUACGGUGUUGAUCUUUUGGUUUUCCAAGUGCUAGUUAGAAAAGACAAAAUUGCUCUGAAGAAAAAGCAGGUAGCUGUGGGAGAAUGGGAAGAGGGUGAUGGCUCUGGCAAUGCAAUGCUGGCCUCUGCUACAACAGAGAAACAUCCUCUAGCUACUCUAGCUACCUUGACAGCUAAUCAGGAAUCUGCUGCCUCAGCAUUCAGCAAUCAGGUUGCAGAGACUGCACGUAAAAGGAACGGCUACAGGAACAUGACUUUCAGGCACUACAGGAACAAAAUAAGUGGGCGGCUUAGAGGACACAGAAGACAGUUUGUUUCCUCAGCCAGGAGAGUUGACCCACAGCGCUGGGCAGCCUUGUUGGAAAAAACAAAGAGGAACUCAACAUUAAUAGGAAAACGAGGAGAAGUUGCAACAAAUCCACUUAUUCAAGUCCGUAAGUUCUCAGAGUUACCUGGGAAUGAGGAGGAAACAUCUGGUGAUCUUGUAUCUCUAGAAGAAGAAUUCAUGAUACCAGUAACAGAGACAACUCCAGUAUCUACUCUGGGGAGAGCAACGGAAAGCAUGAUAACUGCAGGGCCUGAGAUGACCAUGAGUAAAACUCCUGCUAGGAAAACCUCUCUCCUUGUUUCAGAGGCAGUAACUCCUCUCCCCUCUCCAUUUUCACAGUCUGUGUCAUGUGACAGCAGAAAGCCACAAAAAUAUCUAAACCCUACAAUUACAAACUCAUGGGAAAGAUCUGAUUUAAGUCUAACAUCAGCAAGUGGUGUAAAACAAUCAACUGUAUCAAAUGGAGCAAGUAGAACAUCUGCAGUCAUCCCUGCUGGGCAAAAGUUGGUAUAUCCUGGGGAAAGUAAUAACCAGCUUUUAAAAUCUGUGUCUAUGACACCCAUGACAGAUGUUAUAGACACCAGCAAGUCUGUAACUUCCCAAAAUGCAGCGGACAGGCUACAUGCUUUUACAGAGUCUAUUGAUAAGAUUUCCAAAAAAACAGAUCACCAAAUACCUAUGGUGACAGUCAGUGAACCAAGUCCUGAAUUUGGUCACAUUUAUUUUCAUAGUACUCAGAAACUAGUAACUCCUGAGCCACUGUUGGCCUCAACUAUCAUUACUCAUCAGCAAAUUCAGAUUAUUCAGAACAUUACAACUCGUACACCCCAGCCACAGCGGCAAUAUGGAAGACGAAGGAAAAUUUCUGGUAGGAGACGAAUUGUUAGACCAGGACAUAUUCCAAGUAUGAAAGAGCAUAGAUACAAUACGGGGAGGCCAGGAUCUGUCAGAGGAAGUACAGCUGUGGCUGCAGAUGUGCAACUGAAUAUGGAACAUAUAUCAAAUUUACUAACCUUAAAUAAUUUAAGCAGCUCCAUCCACCCAUUUAGCCCAGAAGCACCUCUGUCCUCCCCCUUGAUCACAAAUAUGCCAUUGGAGCACUCAGCAGGUAUUCAUCAAAAUACAGUGUUCCUCAGGAAAGAGGAAAAUGAAGCUAGUGAAAGGCAGAAAGCUACUAUUACAGUCAAGCCUUUCAUUAUGAAGGACACCCCAGAUACUCCAGAAUGGAAAUUACAGAGCAGUAAUCCAUUUCAGACAAGGACUGAUAGAGUCCAACCUUUUAGCAUCAAACUACCAGCAACAGCAAUCCACACAGCUCAUGUUGCUACAGAUAUUACAUACACUGUAAGCACUAAGGUAUCUUCAACCCUUGAAUCAGUCUCACCCAGCAUUAAACCUAGAGCCUCACCAAAAAAUUCCCAAAGAGGAAAAAUUACUUGGGAACUUCUCUUUGAAAAUAGUGCACAAAAAGAGGCUCUGAAGAAGCUACCAAAACAACAGACAGAUAAGUUUCUAUCAACAGAGGUAUCGACCAUUCAUCCUAAAACUACAACAUCAUCUGUGUUCAAAAUGUCUCCUCUGCACUUUAUACCUAUUUCAAAAAGUGAGAAUCACAGCAAUGGUUUCUUUUCUUUAAACAAACCCAUUCAUUAUGGCAAUGCUAAGCCAAAAGAACAUCUUCACACUGCAAAACUGCAUUCUUCCUCUAAUCCUGCAACUAGUGCCACCAAAGAAAUGGAUGUAACUCAUUUGAAGCCAACAGUUAGACCUAUUAUUGCCCCUCAGACUGGCACCAAAAUCACCAGAAGUAAAACAUACAGAAUAGGAAAACAGAGAGAUCAGAGGAGGAAGAGGCCACUAACAACAUCUACUUCACAAAGCAUGACUGCAGGCCACAGCACUGUAGUGAUUCUGCCCAUGAAUACAGCCAUGCCUGUUGUGACAACAGUUAAAUCAUCGACUAUGCCUACAAGCCUUACACCUGCAAAACCUCUCUCUGAGAGUGUGAGUGCAGUCUCAGUGGCAGAACUGCCAACACGGUGGAUCCUUAAAACACUGGAGGCUCCUCAGCUCAUGCCUGGAGCAGCCAUGCAGCCACUGGCGAUCCCUGUCACAUGGAGGAACAGCCAGUCAGCCACGCUACCACAGAGCCCCACUGCGCCAAUGCAGACAAUACCAUGGCAUUCAAAGCCUUUCGGCACCCCAAGCAUGCGACCUGCCACAGCCUGGGUGGCAGCUGGGUCAGAACCAACUCAGCAAAGCGAAGCCACCACAACAGCAGGUGAACAAUCAUGGCCCAAAAUAGAAAAGAGUGUUACCCAAGAAAACCAUGUAAUACAGGCCACAUUCCCAGCAAGAACCGUGUCAAGUGUUCCUGCUGCAAGCACAGACAUCACUCCUGCCAGCACCCAGCAUCCCACCCCACCUCCAGCCCUCACAGCAAUUGUGCCUGCUGCACAUACUGAGAGAACCAACUCACCUCCGUGGGGGGAAAUCAAAUUCUGGCAGAAGCCAUCUGCUAAAGUCACAGAGAGAGGCAACACGAUGGCUGUCAACACACUGACCAUGCUGAAGUCAUCACGGAUCAUGACUCCACAUGUGCCUCUGUGGGUAGGUGACAAGGACAGUUCUGUCAAAGGCUGGUCUGAAAAGAGGCAAGAUCAAGAAACUACCACCCCUAUUCCUAUAGCCUCCGACUCUCUGAGCAGAAACAAUUUUGCAAAACCCAGAAUAAGUGGAGGAAAAUUAGCUGCUUUUACUGUACUAGCUAAUUCAGAUGCUUUUAUUCCUUGUGAAGCUAUUGGUAACCCCCAUCCAACAAUACAGUGGACCAAGAUAUCAACAGGCACUGAUGCUCCAGAAAACCAAGGCAACAACAGAUGGAUGGUGUUUGCCAAUGGCACACUCUCUAUCACCCAGGUGGGCCUGGAGGACCGCGGGCAGUACCUGUGCAUUGCAGCCAACCCACAUGGUGCGGCACGGCUCCUGGUCACCUUGUCAGUAGUAGCCUAUCCGCCCCGCAUCACCGGCAGCAGGUGGCAGCUCCUCACCGCUCACUCCGGAAAGCCCAUGGCAGUGAAGUGCAAAGCUGAGGGCAGGCCUCCUCCCACUGUCUCGUGGGUUCUAGCAAAUAAAACACACAUCUCUGACUCCUUGGCAGGAAAUAACAAAGUUCACAUGGAAACAGAUGGCACUUUAAUUAUCAAGGAAGUCACUGUUUAUGACAGGGGCCUCUAUACAUGCAUGGCUAAAAACCCAGCAGGCACUGACAAGCUGGUUGUAAAACUGCAGGUCAUUGCAGCACCUCCUGCUAUUCUGGAAGAGAAGAGAGAACAUGUGAAAGUAAUGAUGGGGGAAAAUCUGAAACUCCCUUGCACUGUGGAAGGGAAUCCUCAGCCCGCUGUCCACUGGGUCCUCUCUGAUGGCACAGUGGUGAAACCCCUGCAGCUGGUAAAUGCAAAGCUCUUCCUGUUCUCCAAUGGGACCCUCCACCUCAGCAGUAUCAUCUCUUCUGACAGUGGGAAUUACGAGUGCAUAGCCACAAGCUCAACUGGCUCGGAAAGGAGAGUGGUGACCCUCAUGGUGCAACACAGAGAUACACUUCCAAAAAUAGCUACUGCCUCUGAAGAAAUGACUCGCUUGAAUUUUGGGGAUAAGUUGCUUCUGAACUGCACAGCAACUGGGGAGCCAAAGCCCAGGAUCAUCUGGAGGUUACCUUCCAAGGCAGUUGUUGACCAGUGGCACAGAAUGGGAAGUCGAAUCCACGUUCACCCCAAUGGAUCCUUGGUUAUUGAGGCAGUUACUGAAAAGGAUGCAGGUGACUAUUUGUGUGUUGCAAGAAACAAAAUUGGAGAUGAUCUGAUAUUGAUGAAAGUCAGCAUCACAAUGAAACCAGCCAAGAUUGACCAGAAACAGUAUUUCAAGCAACUUGUGCCAUAUGGAAAAGAUUUCAGAGUGGACUGCAAGGCCUCUGGGUCACCCACACCAGAAAUAUCCUGGAGUUUGCCAGAUGGGACAGUGAUCAAUAACGCAAUGCUGGCAGAUGAUAGUGGACACAGGUCUCACAGGUACAUCCUCUUUGACAACGGAACACUGUAUCUCAACAAAGUUGGAGUAACAGAAGGAGGAAACUAUACCUGCUAUGCUCAAAACACCCUGGGGAGAGAUGAAAUGAAGAUACACAUAGUGGUCAUCAUGGCAGCCCCUCAGAUAAAACACAGUUACAAGACAUACCUUAAAGUGAAAGCUGGAGAUACAGCAUUACUGGACUGUGAAGCAGCUGGGGAACCCAAGCCCAAAAUAUUCUGGUUGCUACCUUCCAGUGAUAUGAUCUCCUCAUCAACAGACAGACAUUUCCUGCAUGCCAACGGUUCUCUGUCAGUCAGUCAAGUCAAACUGUUAGAUGCUGGGGAGUACAUGUGUGUGGCUCGUAACCCUGGAGGGGAUGAUACGAAAUUAUGUAAACUGGAUGUUGUUGCAAAACCACCUGUCAUAAACGGUUUAUAUGCAAACAAAACAAUCAUGAAGGUGACAGCAGUGAGGCAUUCAAAGAAACAAAUUGAUUGUAGGGCAGAAGGGACACCUCCCCCUCAGAUUAUGUGGAUCAUGCCUGAUAAUAUUUUCCUAACAGCUCCAUAUUAUGGAAGCAGGAUUGUAGUAUACAAAAAUGGAACACUUGAAAUUCGGAACAUAAGGCCUUCUGACACAGCAGAUUUUAUCUGCGUGGCACGUAAUGAUGGGGGGGAGAGUAUGCUGGUGGUGCAGCUGGAGGUACUGGAAAUGCUAAGGCGACCAAUGUUUAAAAAUCCAUUCAAUGAAAAAAUAAUAGCAAAACCUGGGAAAACUAUCACAUUGAAUUGUUCUGUGGAUGGAAACCCUCCACCUGACAUAAGCUGGAUGUUACCUAAUGGCACAUGGUUUUCCAGUGGCAUCAAGACUUCCCAAGUUCUCACAGGAAGCAACGGUAUCCUUACCAUCUAUAGUCCUGAUGGAGACAAAGCAGGAAAGUACCGCUGUGCUGCCAGGAAUAAAGUUGGCUACAUUGAAAAGCUGAUCAUCCUGGAGGUUGGCCAGAAGCCGAAUAUUCUCACUCACCCCACAAGGUCAGUGACAGGUGUUAGUGGGGAGUCAUUGUUGCUUCACUGCCUGUCCGAUGGGAAUCCUAAACCAACUACAUCAUGGACUCUGCCAGGUGGCCAUGUGCUGGAUCGACCACAGAUCAACAGGAAGUACAUACUGCUGGAAAACGGCACAUUGGUUAUACGAAAAGCCACCAUUCAUGACAGAGGAAAUUACGUGUGCAAGGCCCACAAUAAUGCUGGAGAUUCCUCUGUAACCAUUUCUGUCAUUGUUGUAGCAUAUCCCCCAAGGAUUAUGAACAGGCCACCACAGACCAUACACACAAUGCCUGGUGCAGCCGUGCAGCUCCACUGCGCAGCACUGGGAAUACCCAAACCAGAAAUUACCUGGGAAUUACCUGACCACUCAGUACUCACUACAGGUCACCAAGGUCAAGCAUCAGGGAACAGAGUGCUUCGUCCUCUGGGGACGUUACUCAUCCAGAGUCCCCAACCUUCAGAUUCUGGCACAUACAAGUGCACAGCAAAGAACCAUCUUGGCAGUGAUUUCACAGUAACGUAUGUCCACAUCCUCUGA